AUGGUUUCUCCGCGGGCUUUUGCGCCUUGCGCGUUCCAAACGACCAAUCUAUCCUUUCGCGUGCAAUGGCGACAGACGCGCAGUUUUCGCAAGAGUGCGCAACGUGUUCAAGAGGUCUUCCAUGCGCAACUCGAAGAUCCAAACGCCGCGGCGGUGUUCACCUCGAUGAAGACAUUCCCCACGAUCCCUCAGACACUCACCGAGAAGAUCGUACAACAGUAUGCUGUGGGGUUGGCAAAAGACAAAUAUGUAAAGUCAGGCGACUAUGUCACGAUUGCACCACACCAUUGCAUGACCCAUGACAAUUCAUGGCCUGUUGCUUUGAAGUUCAUGUCGAUAGGGGCGACAAAAUUGAAAGACCCCAAGCAGAUUGUCAUGACACUCGAUCACGACGUUCAAAACAAGUCGGACAAGAACUUGACAAAAUAUAGACAGAUCGAGGAAUUUGCAAAGAAGCACGGCGUGGACUUUUACCCCGCUGGCCGGGGUAUUGGACAUCAGAUUAUGGUCGAGGAGGGCUACGCCUGGCCCGGAACAUUGGUCGUUGCCAGUGACAGCCACACCAACAUGUACGGUGGCAUUGGCUGCCUUGGUACACCUGUGGUUCGGACGGAUGCCGCUAGCAUCUGGGCUACUGGACGCACCUGGUGGCAGAUUCCCCCUGUGGCCAAGGUGACCUUUAGAGGUGUCUUGCCCAAAGGUGUGACCGGAAAGGAUGUGAUUGUGGCGCUUUGCGGUCUGUUCGACAAAGAUGACGUGCUGAACCACGCCAUCGAGUUUACUGGGUCAGAAGAGACUCUUAGAAGUCUCCCUAUCGACUCCCGAUUGACCAUUGCUAACAUGACCACGGAAUGGGGUGCCUUGAGUGGAUUGUUCCCGAUAGAUGAUGUGCUUCGAGGUUGGCUUCGCGCAAAGGCUACAAUGUCAGCAUUGGAUGCAUCUGAAGGCCGGAGUGGCAAUCCUCGUUUCACACACGCUCGACUGGAUCAAUUGUUUGAGUCUCAACUUGUGGCCGACAAGGGGGCUCAAUAUGCUAAACAGCUCUAUCUCGACUUGAACACCCUCUCUCCCUACGUGGCCGGGCCCAAUUCCGUCAAGGUCGCGACUCCUUUGAAUGAGCUGGAAGACCAAAACAUCAAGGUUGAUAAGGCUUAUCUUGUGUCUUGCACCAAUUCCCGCGCUUCCGAUCUUGCGGCAGCUGCGAAAGUUUUCAAAGACGCUGCCGAAAAGAAUGGUGGUAAAGUGCCCCAGAUCGCCGACGGCGUCAAGUUCUAUAUCGCCGCAGCCUCGCUGCCCGAGCAGGAGAUCGCCGAGGAAGCUGGUGAUUGGCAGACACUCAUCGAUGCCGGUGCCGUGACGCUCCCUGCAGGGUGUGGGCCUUGUAUCGGUCUUGGGACCGGGCUGCUUGAACCCGGCGAGGUGGGUAUCAGUGCGACGAACAGAAACUUCAAAGGUCGUAUGGGCAGCCCUGAUGCCAGGGCCUACCUUGCCAGCCCCGAAGUUGUGGCAGCUAGCGCCCUGACUGGCAAAAUCAGUGGUCCCGGAUGGUACGAAAGGCCGGACGGAUGGUCUGGAGUGGUGCGGGGUGAAGGCGACGGCAUCAAAGAAGAAGAACGCAUGAUCACUGCUGAUGAGGCUUUCCAGAAGAUCAUCAGCCAAUUAGACAACAUGAUCGAAUCGGCCGAGGAAACAUUCGGUGAUUCAGUCAAGACAAGCGAGACUACGACGAGUUCCACGGAUGUGUAUCCAGGGUUCCCAGAGCGGCUGGAAGGAGAGAUCGUCUUCUGUGAUGCAGACAACAUCAACACAGAUGGCAUCUAUCCGGGAAAAUACACCUAUCAAGACAACGUCCCCGUUGAAAAGAUGGCCGAGGUGUGUAUGGAAAACUACGAUCCGAAGUUUUCUUCAAUCGCAAAAGCAGGAGACAUUCUGGUUGCCGGUUUCAACUUCGGAUGCGGUAGCUCUCGAGAACAGGCAGCAACUGCUAUCCUGGCAAAGAAAAUUCCCCUUGUGGUAGCGGGCAGCUUCGGCAACAUCUUUUCGCGGAACAGCAUCAAUAAUGCUUUGAUGGGUCUAGAGGUGCCAAAGUUGGUCCGCCGCUUGCGGGAGACAUUCUCGGAAACUUCCACACCUACGACAUCCGACGAGAUCACAGAGCCUGUCGGCAACAAAGAGGAACAACAGAGCCUCGAUUCCCCUCCACCAGCGCCGACACAGCCACAUGAAAAGCAGCUCUCUCGCCGGACCGGUUGGACCCUGGUCUGGGACGUGAAGAAGUCGCAAAUCGAAGUUACCGAAGGACCUAAUGGAAAGACAUGGACGGAGAAAGUGGGAGAACUUCCGCCGAAUGUGCAAGAGAUCAUUGCCAAGGGUGGCCUUGAGAAAUGGGUACAAAAGGAGAUUGCCGCAGCAUGA